AUGACUUCAUAUUCAAUUACUACCGAAUACCUUGAUUCACAAAUUAAAACCCAUGAUUUCACAAAAAAACCUUUAAUUAUUGGGAUCAAUGGACCUCAAGGAUCAGGGAAAACAUAUUUAACUAAUCAAUUAAACGAAUAUUUAAAGAAAUCAUACCCUAAUUUUAAUAUUGUUCAAUUUUCUAUGGAUGAUGUAUAUUUAACUAAACAAGAUCAAGAUAAAUUAAAUAAUUCUACUGAUAAUCCAUUAUUAAAAGGUAGAGGAUUACCAGGUACUCAUGAUUUAGCUACUCUUUAUGAAAUUUUCAAUAAAUCAAUUAAAAAUUAUAAAUCAAUUUGGGAAAAUAUAAAAAUUCCUAAAUAUGAUAAAUCAAAAUUUAAUGGAUUAGGUGAUCGUUCAGGAUAUAUUAAUGUUGAUUCACCAAUAGAUAUAAUUUUAUUUGAAGGUUGGUUCAAUGGAUAUAUUAAUUAUUCAACUGAUUUAUUAAGAUUAAAAUAUUUAACAUCUGAAGUAUCGGGUAUUUUACAACUUUAUAAAAUGUUUCAUUUAGAAGAAAUCAAUAAUAAUCUAGUGAAAUAUCAAAAAAUAUGGUCAUUUUUUGAAAUAUUUAUAACAUUAAAAACAAAUAAUGUUAAUAAUGUAUAUACUUGGAGAUUACAACAAGAACAUGAUACAAUUUCAAAAAAUGGAUCAGGCAUGACUGAUGAACAAGUUACUCAAUUUGUUAAUCGAUAUAUGCCAGUUUACGUAUUAUAUUAUCAAGAUUUAUGUGAUAACGGGUUGAAGAACUGUGCAAAUAAUUUAAUAAUCCCCAUUGACAUUAAAAGACAAGUGAUUCAAUAG